AUGAGAACAGGAAAAGGGACAGCCGAGAUUUAUCGUAGCCGCUGGUUUGCGUAUGAUUCAUUAAAAUUUUUAGAAGACCGAGAUACACCGGGGGAAAGACUAGACACGGGGUCCCUGUCGAAUGCGUUGACUGAUGGAAUUGCUGGGAAUGACGAGGAUAUAGAUAAUGAUGGAGAUAGUUCCCAGGUGAUGCUAAGUACGUCAACUGGAGAAAUGAAAAGGACGGCAUUUGUCAAUUCGCGACCACCAAAGCGAAGAAGAGAAAGAGCUGACAAGCGUACAGAACUAUUAAAAAGUGCUGUCAAUAUCUUGAAAAGUACAACUGGAAGACUACAUGAAACGCCGACGGUAGCGGAUGCUGAAGUACAAUCAUUCUGUGCAUUCUUGUCGUCGAAAAUGAUGGGCUAUCCGCGCAAUACACGGCAACGAAUACAGCAUGAAAUCUAUGGUCUUCUCAUGAAAGCAGAUCUUGGACACUUUGAAACACAACCAACUCUUACUUCUCUUUCACUUAUGGUUUCUCAUACCUCACAGUCUUUUCCACAAUUUUCUUCCUCAGCACCACAAGUUACUCCUUCAACGCAUAAUGAUUCCCAUCUAACUCCGCUCCAUUGUUCUCCUCCAUCCUUUGAAACCCAUAAUUCUCCUACUACUCCUGUUGCUAAAAAUCGUAAUGACACAGCUAAUUUGUAAUGUAAAUUAUUAUAAAUUAUCAACAGACCAGUUUUGUCAUUUUCACCUGAGUCAGGAAAUUAGCUCAAAGUUGAAAUAAACAUUUUGACAUGU